GGGCAACCCUGCCGUUGGCGACAUGUCCCAAAUAGUUAAGAAGAAAACAUGGAGUCCUCAAUUCCAGUGCUCGACGUCUCGGCUAUUUCUUUGAUUCAUGUGGAUCCGGGGAAGAGCCACUAUGAUAAAGUGGGUGCCCAACUCAAGGACGCUUUUCAAACUUGGGGGUUUGCUUACUUGAAAGGCCAUGGAAUUUCAUCCAAAAUUGUUCUUGAUUGUAUGCAAACCGCCCGAACAUUCUUCGAUCUACCAAUGGAGCACAAGGAAACGUUCAGUCGUGGAGUGGAACGAAUCCAUGGAUAUUCGGCAAUUGGCCGUGAGGUUCUCGAAAACAAGGACAUUGUCGAGUUCAAAGAGUCGUUUGAUGUGCACUCUUUAGAUAAACGUCAACUUCUCGGUCAAAAGGAGUUCGAUGGGCCCAUUCAAGCCCUCUCUCACCAAACAGUCAUCUUGGCUCAACGAUUGUUGCAAUGUCUGGCCAAAGAUUUGGGAAUCCAGCCGAAAGAUAUGUUGCAAAGCCAUUCUAACAUGUUUGGUCAGGGCAAUGCCACUUCUUUGAGACUUUUGCAUUAUCCUCCUAUUGAUCUGAAGAAUUCCAAGCAUCAGUCAAUCACCCGUUGUGGAGAGCAUUCUGAUUACGGGGGGCUGACCUUAUUGUUUCAGGACAAUCAUAGUGGAUUGGAAGUUCGGCGAUUAGAUGGACAAUGGAUACCUGUUCCACCCAUUCCAGGAACGAUUGUCGUCAAUAUUGGAGAGAUUCUACAACUGUGGAGUGGGGGGCGUUACCGAGCCACUCCUCAUCGUGUUCGCGGGGGAUUGGACUCAGAAAGCACCUCUCGAUAUUCAAUUGCCACUUUUAUUCAUCCCAAUAAUGACACGAUUAUUGGUCCAUUUGGCAGUGAUGGAAUGUCCGAAACAAAUGGAGCCUCAAAAACUGCUCUAGAUCACGUGGAACAACGCUUCAAAGACACCUACACGCCAUAAUUUGCCAAGGAGCAAGUUUGAAGUUUGGAUGUACAUAAAGGUUGAUUGUAUUUAUCUCGACUUCGGUGACGGAUCAUGGGUGGGCAUGUUGUUUCUUGAUUAUUAUUUAUUAUGCCAACCCAUGAUGAAAUUGAGAAUGACUAGGAGAAUGGCAAAUGCAGAAGAAGUGAACAAUUCCAUUGGACUUGGUAUGGUAACGUUGGCGAAAGACUAAAGUUUGCUGAAGCAGAAACGUUCGUCUAGAGUUUAAUGAAUUGUAGUUGCAAUCUCCAAAUAAGGAUGUGAUGAGAGGCACAAAGCUUAGAUCCUCCGUAUGGUAACUGAUAGGCAUUUUCGACAACAAAAUUCCGACCAAAUAAAAGAUUCACAGAUUC